UUAAGACAUGCACAGUAAUACAGGUAGCUGUUGCAGGAAGAAGAUAGAGGAAAAGUAAUGGCGGAAGAGGAUCACGGCGUGACACGGAGCCUGGAGGAGCUACGGCAGACGUUUAAGAGCGGCAGAACUAGAAGCAUUGAUUGGAGAAAACAACAGCUUCGAGCAAUUCUUAGACUCCUUCAUGAAAACGAAGAUGUCCUCUUUCAAUCACUUGAAUCCGAACUCGGCAAACAUCCUGUUGAAUCUUAUCGUGAUGAAAUUGGGGUAGUGAAGAAAUCAGUUGACCAUGCUUUGAGCUGCAUUGACCAAUGGAUGUCCCCAAAGAAGGGUCGGCUACCUCUACUUUUCUUCCCAGCAAGUGGAAAAGUGUUGCCUGAACCACUUGGCCUGGUCCUCAUCAUUGGGUCUUGGAACUUCCCCAUUACAUUGACAUUGGACCCGUUGAUAGGAGCAAUAUCUGCUGGCAACACAGUUGUACUAAAGCCAUCAGAGUUAGCCCCAAAAUGCGCCUCUUUUCUUGCCAACAAAUUGCCAGUUUACUUGGAUCCGAAAGCCAUUAAAGUUAUAGAAGGUGGAAGGGAAGUAGCUAACCAACUACUAGAGUAUAAGUGGGACAAAAUAUUCUUUACAGGGAGUACAAAGGUGGGAAAAAUUGUCAUGUCUGCAGCUGCGAAGCACUUAACUCCUGUGACUUUAGAGCUCGGAGGAAAAUGUCCUGCAAUCCUUGAUUCUCUCCCUAACUCCGACAUGAAGGUGGCUACUAAAAGGCUUGUUGGUGGAAAAUGGGGCCCUUGCUCUGGACAGGCUUGCAUAGGAAUUGAUUAUUUGCUUGUGGAACAAAAGUUUGCCUCCUCUCUGAUCGAACAAUUGAAGAAGACUAUUAAAUUUUUUUAUGGGGAUGAUGUCACAAACCUGAAAAAUCUCGCUAAGAUCGUCAACAAGACCCAUUUUGAUAGACUGCGAAAUCUUCUUGAAGACCCUGCUGUAGCAAAUUGUAUCGUUUAUGGUGGUUCGUUCGAUGAUACAAAUUUGAUUAUUGAGCCAACUAUCCUGUUAGAUCCUCCACUAGAUGCAGAGAUUAUGAAUGAAGAGAUAUUCGGCCCUUUGCUUCCGAUCAUCACUUUGGAAAACAUCGAAGAAAGCAUCGAAUUCAUCAACUCGAAGCCAAAGCCUCUUGCUCUUUAUGCAUUCACCAAAAAUGAAAGUUUCAAGAAACGGAUUUUAGCAGAAACAUCAUCUGGGAGUGUGGCUUUCAAUGACACCAUGAUUCAGUUUGUGUGUGAUGAGUUACCAUUUGGAGGGGUUGGACAGAGUGGGUUCGGUAGGUACCAUGGGAAGUACUCUUUCGAUACAUUCAGCCAUGAAAAAGCAGUUUUGGAGAGAAGCUUCUACUUUGAGCUGGAACCCAGGCAUCCGCCAUGGAAUAACUUCAAGUUGGACUUCUUAAGGUUAGCAUACAACUUUAAUUAUGUGGGAUUGGUGCUACAUCUGUUGGGGUUGAAGAGAUCAUCGAAUGCUUGAGAUCAAAAUAAAUAAACAAUGCAACUUUUUUUGUUAUGACCAAUCGAUACAAUAAUGUAAAAUAAAUAUAUAAUCUAUAUAUGUAACUUGACACUUAUGAAAUGCUUAUUAUUAUAUGUUGUUCAACAAUUUAUAA